CAGCCAUUGUCGGCUUGUUUGUAUGCAAAUUAUAAGCUGAUUAAUUUGCAUGUUACUGUGAAUUCUAAAACAACACCUAGACGCCAAAUCAAGCGAUUAAUUAGUUACAAGAUGAAUGGAGAUGUGUCUCAAGGAGAAGGGUCAACAGGAGGGGGAGAUGCCUCUAAACCACUCAAUCUGGCCACCAGUGCUUCUGCAGCAAUACAACAGUUACAGAAUGCUUUGUUAGCUGGACAGUUCCCUAUGGCCACAGGAGCAGCAGCACAAGGUGGAUUGUUGUUACAGGGAGGAUUUGCUCAACCAGCUGUGGUACCAGUUUCUAGUGGGCUAGCAGGGAUACAGUUGUCAGCAGCAGAUCUCCAACAGUUACAACAACUUCAGCAGACAAUACAACAACACCAGCUGCAGUUACAACAGGUUCAGACCAGUCAGAACCAGGCAUUACAGACAGCACAGACAACACAAGCCACUCAACAAUUCAAUGCAGCACCUACUUUAGCCACCCUACAAGGUCUGACAGCAGCUAAUUCACCACAGAUUGUUCUGAUUAAUACAUCACAGCUAGGUGGAGCUUCACUACAACCAUUUAUUAUUCAGAACCAGGGUAUUCCAGUGUUGCAGAAUUUGACAUUGGCAUCACUUGGACAACAUGCACAAUUGGCCCAACAGAUUCAACAACCUGUUUUACAACAAACAACACAAGCUGCUGCCCUAACACAACCAACACCUGCUCCAGUGCUGCAAUCUCAGAAUGUAUCGCAACAACUUAAACAACUACAACAACAGCAGCAGCAGCAACAACAACAAGCAUCAGAAUCUAUCAAGGAACCAGUAGAACUUGAAGAGGAGUCCAUGCAUCUUACUAUACAACCAGAAGAAAACAUUGAUUUAGAAGAAUUAGAACAGUUUGCUAAAACUUUUAAAAGAAGAAGAAUUGAAUUAGGAUUCACCCAAGGUGAUGUGGGUCUAGCUAUGGGAAAGUUAUAUGGCAAUGAUUUCAGUCAGACAACCAUUUCAAGAUUUGAGGCAUUAAAUCUGAGCUUCAAAAAUAUGUGCAAGUUAAAACCAUUAUUACAGAAAUGGUUAAAGGAUGCUGACAUGUUGUCAGCUAGUCCAACCACUCCAGUGUCUGGUGGUAGUACUAUUGGGAACCUUUCACCUGAAGCCAUAGCCAGAAGGAGGAAGAAGAGAACCAGUAUAGAUACCUCAGUUAGAGUGGCUUUAGAGAAAGCAUUCAUACAACAUCCUAAACCAUCAUCAGAGGAAAUAGCUAAUUUAGCCGAGGAUUUAAAUUUGGAACGAGAAGUUGUCAGAGUGUGGUUUUGUAAUAGACGUCAAAAACAGAAAAGGAUUAACCCUCCUUCAAUGUCAAUGAACGUUACUGUUAAUGCACAACUGAAUUCCCCAACUAAUACCUCUAUGAAUCUUUCUGGUUCCCUGAAUCAUUUAAUGGCUCACUCAUUAUCUGGGAACCAGUCACAGACAAUAAGUCAAACAUUAAACAAACCAACAAUUGUUAAUAGUAUUGUAGGGAACCAGUUGUUAAGUAAUACACAGACUAUAUCAACAGGGAUACAGAACCCUAUAUCUAUAAAUCCAUCAAAGAAAGACAUGCAAGUUACUUCUGUUGACUUUUCUAAUCCUCAGGAAGCUCUCCAUUUUUCACAGGCGAUGCCAUUAGAGUUAAAACUAACUAACGACAAGACAAAUGUGAAUACAAACAAUUUCUCCUCGCUUGCACAACAAGUGCUUCCGCUGGGAUUAACAUUACCAGUCACCUCUCAACCAAAAAUUAUGAAUACUUCUGAUUUUUCUGUUGCACAAAAUGGAACAAAUUCAAAUAACCAGAUAUUCAUAUCUGGGUUACAGAUUCCAACAUCACUGACAAAUAAUCAGUCAGAAUUGACUAUAUCAACCUCUUCAUGAAAUGUCAAUAUGAAAAUGUAUACUUAUGAAAUUAAUAUAAAAUUUGUCAGAAUUUUAUCAACUUCAUCAUGAAAUGUCAAUAUGAAAAUGUAUACUUAUGAAAUGAAUAUAAAAUUUAUCAGAAUAAUUUCUUUUAUUAGAAUUUGUAAAGUAGUCUUAUAUUAUUUGAUAUAGCUGUGAAUUUAUUAAGUUUUAUAGAUAUCAAUUUUCGUGGAUUGAGAAAAUAGUGGAGUUUCACAGGGACUAAACUUGGGAAUUCCAAGCUAGGAGCCCAGACCAGAUGUUUCAUAAUUAGUUUCUAUAUGUUCAACUGAAAUUUAACUGAAAGUUUAGGGGCCCAGCUCAAAAUCUAGGAGCCAUGGGCGACUGGGCCCCCUUUAAGUUUUGUCCCUGUUUCAUGGAUAUUUUAAUUUUGGGAUGUGCAAAAAUGUACAUUAAAAAUUGUAAUUCGUUGAACAUUUAAUUUCCUGGUUCAACAUAAACGAUGAAAUCAAUGAAAACUUGGUAUCCAAUGAACAAAAGUUAAUUCACAGUAUUCUUGCUUUGUUCGUUUUUUUAUCUCUAACAAGUCAAUAUUAUGAUAUUAAAUGUUUAUCAUUAAUGUGAUUUAUAUUAAAUUAACAUUCCAUGUAUUAAUGAAAUACAAUGUGAUUUCUUGUUCUUGACAUAAUAUAAAAUAUGGUUUUCUUACACUACAUUGUAUAUGUUUUAAAUAAAUGGUUAGAUACAUUAUAAUAAUUCUACACAUAUGUGUACCGUGAGUAAUGAUUAUAGUGGCAAUAAUAUUCUAUGGCAGCUAUGGAUAUUUCACCAGAUAACUGGGCUCUAAAAUUAAAAUCAUUUAUAUGUGAACGUUACAAAUGAUUUUUU